CCUCUUUUGGUAUUCAUAUAUUUAACUGGUAAUAUUACACAGUUAUGUGUGGUAAGGUACUCUUUUGUUCUAGCUGAGAGAAGUUAAAGAAAGUUAAACCGACAGUAUGGAUGCUUUCUACAUGGUUUUAUUGUUUUGCGUUGGUGGUGUACAAGGAAGCACGCAUUUAUUGUUACUAAAUGAAGAACAGAGUGUUGCUAUGACGUGUCACCAGAGCAGCCCUCUUUGGUAUGUCGAUCGUGACCUUGACUUUCAGUUCGAUUGUGAUGUGAAAAACCAUGACAAGAUGACAUGUGACGUCAACUCAAACACUAUUACACUUCAUAAACCAGAGAACAGUGCAAUGUAUGCUUGUGGACCCAGUUCAAAGCACAAAUCAUCUUGUCAAAAGGCUAAAUUAUUGAAUUCUGCUUUUACUGAAUGUAACUGUCAGUCUUUGGAUUUUUUCAUCGUGGCAGUGACAGAUGAUGAUGAUGAUGAUGAUGAUGAUGAUGAUGAUGAUGAGAAAGGGAAGACCAUCAUUCUAAAAGAAGAUGCAGCAGCACAACCAUUAACCAAAGAGCCUGGAGACAAUGUUACUCUACCAUGCAAAUUCAACCUGACAAGAAGUGCUUCUUAUACAGUGUAUUGGAUCAAAUCUGAGAAUGGCAAUACAUGUCUCCAUUCUAAUCAUGCUGCCUCUAAUUCAUUUGAAAACAACACCCACUGCUGUGUUGAGGGGACCGGUUUGGAAAGAAUGAUUUACAAGGAACCACCAAAUUCAUAUUGUAGUCCCUGUGUACACGACCUUAUUAUAACUAGCGUUACAGCCUCUGAUCGGGGGCGUUAUGUCUGUAUAGUAAAUGUGUUUGACUCCGGCAAGAUCACCUGGAGGGUUAUAACCAACAUCUCUAUUGACAUCUCUCAAGCAAAUGAUCCAUUUCUCCCUUUGUAUAUUAUCGGGGCUGUUGUACUGGCAGUUCUUAUAGGUGCUAUUGCCCUUGUGAUGAGAAAGAAGAAAGCCAACACAAAGGGUUCUACAUCUUUAAGUAUGCAAAGAGACCAGCAAGCGGUUGAGUUACAAGACACUGAUUGUAAGUGUAACGUGUUCUUCAAAAACACAAUACGAAUAAAAAAAGAUACUGUUAUAGGUAGUUUAUGAUUGUUUUCCAUUAGC